AUGGUAACCACCAUCCUCAGCAGGAUCGUCCACCGCCUCGCCCAAAACGACAACAAGACGUCUGACAACCCACGCCUCGUCCUCGCCAUCGACGACAUAUUCUGCAUCAUGGACACCGACCCUCUCCUCGGCCCGUUCAAAGACCUCGUCCCGCUCUUCCGCGGCUGCACCCCCAUGGCCGCGUCCCCGCACCGCAUCAAGCCGCUCAUCCAGCUCCUCGAGAAGAACUCCAUGCUCAACUCUCCAGGAAAGAACUGGCACCCCUACCUCGCCAAAGCCUACUUCCACAUCGGCCAGCUGCGACACGCAGCGGCGCUGCUCCAAAGCCUAACCAAGAUGCAGUACGGCAUGACGAAAAGCGACGCGUCCAUCGCGCACGCGAUCCUGACCGCAAUCGGCAUAGCGCAGGAGGUCCUUGAUCCGACCGAGUCGUACAUCUGGUCCAACAUGGUGUUCCUUGGCUGGCUAUUCGGUGAGAACGGCCAGAUCGACGCCGCGUUCGACACUCUGGAGUACGCGCUGACGUACCAGGACCGCAUGUACGGGAUCGGUAGCGACUACAGCCUCGUGACAAGGCAUUACAUUUCGCUGCUGUGCCGCAAGCAGGUGCAGCUGCCGAUGGCGAUCGAGCUGCAGGAGAAGACUGUCUCGCUUUGGCGGCGUCGAGAGCUUGCCGACACGCAUCUCCUACGUCUGAGGGCGGAGCACAGUCUUGCCACAUUUUACAUGCUCGAUCAGGAGUGGAGGAAGGUGGAGCUGCUGCUCGUGCCAGUGGCUGAUACGUGUAGGAGUGAGAUGAAAGGGGACAGUGCUGUUGAUGAUUUCGUGCAAGUGCUGUGGAAUUCGGGGGUUUGCUACAAAGAAAGGGGACGAUGGAGGAUAGCUCAAGACGUAAUGAAGGAGGUGGUGUGCAUGCUUGAUGCGGGAUUAGUUGAUCAAUACAGAGAUAAAGAACUGCCCUCAGAGAUUAGACGGCGGAAUGGAAGGGUAGAUUAA